AUGGACUCGGAAGAAAAAUCCUCGUUCAAGGUGCUCAUCGCCGGUGGGUCGAUCACUGGUCUUACACUCGCCAAUGCCCUCGCGCGCGCCAAUGUCGAUUUCCUCGUAUUCGAAAGCCACGGUCGGAUCGAUGCUUCGAUUGGUGGGGCAUUGACUAUUGUUAGUAAUGGACAAAGAAUUCUCGAUCAGAUGGGUAUCUACGAUGAUAUCCACCCUUAUCUCGAGCCGGCAGGUGAUGUAUACACGUAUUUGAAGGAUGGGCGGUUAUUAGGGAAAAUGGACACGCCAGCAGUGAUGCGAGAACGACAUCAUUACCCGGUGGCUUGGCUGCCGCGAGAGCAAUUGCUAAGAAUUUUGUACGACAAAAUACCGGACAAGAACAAGGUCCUCGUGAACAAGAAGAUCAAGACGGUGGAUCACUCAGAUGAUGGUGUUGUCGUACACUGUGAGGAUGGUAGUGAAUAUGCCGGUAGUAUGAUCGCUGGUGCCGAUGGAGUUCACAGUACCAUUCGGGAGGAGAUGUGGAGGCACAUGGAGCAAAGCAAGAAGGGAAAAUCCAAGGCGAAGAAAGAUCGGAAAGCCAUCACUGCUGAAUACGCUUGUAUUCUGGGAAUAUCCCGUCCGACAGAGGGUCUGAAACCAGGAGAGAUCCAUCGAACCUGGGGUAAAGGUUUUACCACGUUCGUGAACGUUGGAAAGGAGAACCAGGUGUUUUGGUUUAUAUUUACCAAAAUGGACAGAAAGUAUCAAUAUACUGGCAUUCCAAAGUUUUCAAAAGAAGACCUAGAUGCCAAGGCCAAGUCCUUUUUGGAUACGCAUCUUUGCCCUGGUGUCAAUUUUGGGUCGGUUUAUGAGAAUGCGAUAAGUUCUUCAUAUGUGCCUUUACAGGAAGGAGUUUGCAAAUCGUGGAGCUGGGGUAGAUUUGCUUGUUUAGGAGAUGCGAUUCACAAGACAACACCCAACAUCGGUCAAGGCGCAGCCCUAGCUAUUGAAGAUGCCGCCUCACUGGCUAAUCAUAUUGUGGAAAUGGUCCGCAACAACAGUGACAUGACAUCAGCUGAUAUCACUCAGUCCCUCACACAUUGGGGGACCAGCCUCAGGCCAAGAGCGAAAGCUGUUUGCGAUGGAGGUGCUAUGUUCACGAGGCUAGAGGCCCUGGCAAACUGGCCGCUCAAGCUCGUUGCGCUGUAUGUUUCACCUCACCUUGGAGGCGUCUUUGCGGAUAUUGUCAGCAUCACUCAUCUUGGAGCGCCCACAUUGAAUUUCCUGCCGUUGCCGGAGAGGGAGGAAACUGGUUCUAUGACGGAUGACUCUCUCAUAGAUGAAAAGGGAAUCAAGGAGAAGGUGACGUCUCGGAAGAUGAUGAAGAAGCCAGAGUUGAAGUUGCGGUCUUAUGUUCGGGCGUUCUGGGCUGUGAAUCUGAAAUUGAAAAGAGGCUUCUAA